AUGAGUCACUUACCGCCAAGCCCAUACUUACAAGACCCAAACCAAAAUCAGCUUCCGAUGAUGUCCUCGAAGGAGCAGACGCUGACAUGGGCUCAUCAGAACUACAUGGUCGACUCUGGAAUUCAUUCUGGUGUCGGCACUUACGCGUCAUCGGCAUUGUCAGGCGUUUCUGGCGUGAGCAGUUUCAUCGAAGAGUACGGCGACACGUACACUCCGGGCUACACGCAGGAGCAAGUUCAGAAUAUCAACGCUGAGUAUGAGGCGACAAGAGCGCAGAGGAUACGCGCGGCGAUGUUUCCGGAGACGAUAGACGAGUCGAACGACAUACCGGCACCUCAGUUCGACUACGGUCAGUCGACGAACGUUCAACGUCUGGCUGAACCGAGCCAGAUGUUGAAAACGGCCGUCGUCAACCUCAUCAACUAUCAUGAUGACGCAGAGUUGACCACGAAAGCGAUUCCAGAACUCAUCAAGUUAUUGGGCGACGUCGAUCAGGUAGUUGUGCAACAAGCAGCGAUGGUCAUUCACCAUUUGAGCAAACGCGACGCCGCUCUGAUCGCACUUGCGAAAAGCCCUGAGUUGGUCAGCGCUGUCAUCAAUGCGAUCAAUAAGAACGGCGACUCAGAAAUGACAAAGUACACCUCCGGAACGUUGUACAACAUUUCACGCCAUUAUCCGGGUUUGUUGGCAAUUUUUCAGUCGGGUGGAAUCCCGGCGUUGGUCCGAUUACUCAGUUCUCCGAUUGAUUCGGUGGUAUUUUACGCCAUAACGACACUGCACAAUUUGUUGCUACACCAGGCUGGAUCAAAAGACGAAGUUAGACGUGCUGGAGGCGUCGAAAAGAUGGUUGUUUUGUUGAAGAAACCGAUCACGAAGUUUUUGGCGAUAGUCACAGACUGUCUUCAAAAUCUGGCAUAUCGACAUGCUGAAACAAAGCUGGCGAUCUUAUCAUGCAAUGGUCCGGCGGAGUUGGUACGAAUCAUGCAGACAUACGACUACGAAAAGCUGCUCUGGACCUCUUCGCGACUGCUGAAGGUCCUCAGCGUAUGUUCGCAGAACAAACCAGCGAUAAUCACAGCUGGAGGAAUGCAAGUCCUUGGCCAGCGUCUGUCGCAUCCGUCACAGAGACUGAUCAGAAGUUGUCUCGAUUGUUUGCGGAACCUGUCAGACGAAGCGACAAACGAGGAAAAUGUAGAGGACCUGUUGCGACAUCUCAUUCAGCUACUCGGAUCUAGUGAUCAGGAGGUUGUUGCUUGUUGUGUCGAUGUCUUGUCGAACAUGACAUGCAAUAACCUACGAAAUAAAAUAACCGUUUGUCACAGCAUGGGAGUGGAAGCGUUGAUGAGAACCUUACAACAAGGCUCAAAUUCAGUAGAAAUCGUUGAGUCGGCGCUUUGCACACUACGACAUUUGACCUGCCGCCAUCCAGAGGCAGAAAUGGCACAGAAUUCGGUUCGACUGAAUUACGGCAUACCGCUGAUCUGCAGCUUCGUGCAGUUCCGUGCAGAUCCGCCGAUUCGACUGUCGGUGGCCAAAGCUGCGCUUGGUCUGAUCCGCAACCUUAGCUCCAACACGGCGAACAUCGUGGAUUUUCGCGAGCAGGGUGUUGUCAAUAACGUUUGCUUAUACCUGAUGCGCGCUUUCCAGCAAGUGCAACAGGCCCAAUGCGCCAAAACCGAGCCGCCGACCAUCGACAACGUCAACAGUCUGGACAUAGUCGAGUGCAGUACUGCCGCUUUACAUAUGCUGUCUAAAGACGCGUUAAAUCGAAGCAUCAUUCGCCAGAUGAACGUCAUCGGCAUUCUUGUUCAGCUGCUGUACUUUGAGGUGGAGCACAUUCAGUUGGUGGCCGCCGGUGCUCUGUCAGAGUUGAGCAACGAACGGGAAGGGGCGCACGUAAUCGAGCAGUGCGGCGCUACCCCUCGGCUUACUGAACUGUUGCAUUCUCGAAACGAGAGCAUAUCUACUUAUUCCGGAGCGGCACUGUACCGCAUGAGCGGGGACAAACCGGCAGAAUACCGCAAGCGCCUCAGCGUCGAACUUACCAGUUCUCUUCUAAGGGACGACGCGAGCCCUUGGACGAAGGAUAACAUGAAUGACGUUCAAAACAUGGCGGACGAGUUUCCGGACAUUGGCUACAGAGAUGCAGGUACUUUCGAUCCUGCUACUGACUUCGAUCAGGGACAUAUGAACAGCCCUUCAGCGGCAAUGCCUCAGUGGGAUGCGAUGGACACGAUCCCUCAUUCAGGUGCGAUGCCAGUUUAUAACACUUUAAGCGGCGGUAUGAGUGGCGGUAGUCAGCACUCACAGAUGCCUCCACAAAGUGGCAGCAUUCCAGCCUGGUAUGACACUGACUUGUAA